AUGGAGGAAGAUCCUCAAGAUGGAAGUCCAGUAACCUGGGAGAAAGAUGAUCACUUGGUUGACGAUGUUUCUUCAGCUCAACUAGAUGGGCCUCCAGUGACCUUGGUAGACCUACUGCAGUCAUCGUCUUCGUCCAUAGACUUCUCUGCCCCAUCGGCUAAUCUAUAUGUCGAUCAACUUCUGUCUCUUUCUUUACACGAGCUCCUGCGACAGCCCCAACUCAUCUCUGCAGAAGCGUCAACAGUGGAAUCAGAUCUAACGAACCUUUGUUUUCGAGAAUAUCCUACCUUCAUCUCCGUUCAUAAAUGCUCUUCAGCUGUCAAAUCUGCCUUUGAUGACUUUUCAGGUAGUCUGGGAAAGCUGAUUGGCGCGAUUCCAUCUUUGGAAGGAGAGUGCGGGACAUUUUCAAAUACUACCGGGAGUAUACAGAACAUCAGAGGAAAGGCAGCCUUAGUGCAAGAGCAUCAGGAUAAACUUUUAGAUCUGUUGGAGCUACCGCAGCUUAUGGAAACAUGUGUACGCAACGGAUACUAUCAAGAAGCUAUGGAAUUGCUCAAUCACUGUCGAUCACUCGCCCAGAAAUACCCAACUAUCGCUCUAGUUCACGAUGUCACUAAAGAGGUCGAUGGCAUCCUGCAGCUUAUGCUUGCUCAACUUCUUGCGUUACUUCGUGAACCUGUCAAAUUGCCUGCUCUGGUGAAAACGGUCACUUUCUUACGCCGGAUAGAUGCCAUGGAUGAAUCCGAAUUGGGUCUAGUCUUCAUCUCAAGUAGAUAUCACAAUUUCCGAACUCACCUCACAUCGAUUGAUAAAGACAAGGCGGAACCCGUUAGAUACCUAAGAAAGUACAUCGAUUUAUUCCGAGAACAUGUUUAUGACAUCAUUGCUCAAUUCACAGCUAUCUUUCUUGAAUCUUCACCAUCAGAAAUAGCUGCUAUACAUAUUACAUCUUUCGCCAAUCAAGCUAUAACGAACCUCGUGGAUCUCGUGAAUGCUUUUAUCCCUAGAAUUUCCUCCGAUUCCGGUUCAAUGUCGUCAAUACUGGUGCAAUUGGGUUAUUGCGCUAUGUCUUUCUCAAGAGUAGGACUGGAUUUCGCACCUCUCAUCUCAGCACCAUUCUAUUCAACCGUCCUUUCAACUUUCUCCCAAUCACUCUCAACAGCGUCGACGGAUUUCUCAUUGAUACUGAGAGACUCUACCAAAAACGUUCUCCCUCCUUCACAAAUCCUGGUUGCAGCAGAACACAUCCCACACAUUGUCUCUUCCUCGACGUCUCCUCCACCGCUAUCUUCUAUAGAUUCAGUCUCAUACUACCCUCCAAUAGCUACCUUGGUCAACGCAUAUCUAACAGCAUUCAAUAAUUUGCGUCUCCUCGCUCCCCUCGAGCUACAUUCUCAAAUCAUCUCGCUGCAUUCAUUCUCACUUCUCUCCUCCACCAGCGUUCUGCUUCAAUAUGUAAUGCAAGCAACCACCUUUUCUGAUGAGAUACCGCUUUCACCGGUGAGAAGUCGUCCUGGUCAUGCUCGAACUGCAUCAGCCCCUCGUGCAGAUCUCUUACGGCGAAAUUCAGAGGUGCUGAUGACGCCCGAAGCACGGGCGAAUAAAAGGAGAGAAGCUAAAAGGGUAUGCGUGGCAUCAGCAGAUGUUUGGUGCCGGAUCGUGGUACCGUUCUUAGUGGACAAGCUGAAUGAUGACGUAUUUUCCGACUUAUCAAAAUCCGAUAUUUCCAACGAUCUGAAGGGUAUAUUGGGAGAAUUAGAACAUUGGGUUCAGCAGAAUGGAGAAGGGUUAGAUCAGCCUGUUUUGGUUAAUGGAAACGGAUCGCCAGCACUACAACCUGUUUCAGAGAAUGGCAAUGGUGAACCGAAGACUCCACCAUCGCAAUCUCGACAUUUAGUCUCCUCGCCGGUGACUUUCGGCUCUCCGUUUCGUCAUAAACCAUUAGAGCCUGCAAUACCCAACCUCUCUUCUCCCACUCCUAAGACUAAGCCUAAAUCUCCCCCUGCGCCACGUGCAAGUGGGAUAGAAGCGGUCUUUGAUGAUCCUCAACUUGCCGUGUCGGAAUCAAGCACUAUCAACAAAUCUUCUGUUCCCGAGCCUGCUAAUUUGCGCGAGAGUGAUACGGAUACUCUUCAGAAUAUGGAAACUCAAUUGGAAGCGAUGAAUAUCGGCCUAUCAGGAGAAGAAGCUGCUGUAGCUAUCGAAAUCAAUCAUGCUGGUCCACAUCAACACUUGAUUCAAGGGACAGCAACCUCGGACGGAAGAAUAAAUGAUACAGCAUUAGCUGGAAAACCUGUAAUUCUAGUUGCGGCCAGUCUCAAUGAGUCAGCAGAGGGAACAGCAGGCAAAGAAGGGACAGCAGCUACUGUGAAUCCGGCGCCUCUAGAACCUGCCAUCGAUACAAGCGAUAUGUCCAAUGGUACCAUAUCAACGGAAGCCUUGCCAGUGGAGGCGGCUACAGAGGAGGUCAUUGCAACAGAUACGGGUUCAAUCGAUGAUUCUGCGACACUUCCUCAAGAUCACAUUGAUGAUUCGACGACCGAAAUACCUUCUUCCCUUGUCCAGGCAGUGGAAGAAGCCAUUCCUGGGGAUUUACCGAGGGAUGAGGUACCAGUUGAUCUUGAACCAUCUCGUCCGCCCGUCGUCGCCGAAACAGUACCCCCAGAAUUCGAUAUUGGAAGGGAUACAACUAGUCCUGAUGUUAAGGAUUUGUCCAUUCCUGAGACACACAUUCGUAACGAGGAAGGCGUGUCUGAAGAAACUCAUUCUGACAGAGCAAGAGCAGUGCCGGAGGGCUCAAAGGACUUGAUCGCCGCUCGAACACCGAAGGAAAAUGGUUCAGUCACUACCGAAAAACCGAUUGAAGUGAUAACUCUUCCUGCGGAAAAUGACAAAAACAGACUUGUACAAUCCGAAGUCCCGCCACCGAGUGGCACAGUCGACGAUAUUGUUAGGGACAUCCCCGAUUCAAGCAUUGAACCCACUUCUGCCCCAUCGCCGACUCCUUCAUCACCUUUAUCCCCUCUCCCCCUCGAGCUUCCGACGAUCGAUACUCCUAUAGAAGCAUCUACCCUUCAAGGCGAAACCCCUAUAUCAUCUCGACCACCUUCACCUGAUGGUGAAGACGCUUCAACAUUGACGACUGUACCAAGCACUUCAGGUGCUGCAUCUAAGAAAAAGAAAAAGAAGAAGAAGGGGAAAUCAUAG